GGCUCGCUGCUGAGGAAGUUAUGCUGCUUAAAAGUCUCCUAUUUGCGGGUCUCCUUGCCCUCGUUUGUGGUGUCCAGCAGGUGCGCUACGACAACUACAAGGUGUACAAUGUGAGGAUCGAUGAAAGAGAGCAAUUCAAUCUGCUCAAUGCCCAGGAGAAACUCCUGAGGCUAAGCAGCUGGCGUGAGGCGAGACAUUUGGGUGAAUCCUCGGACAUUAUGGUGCCCCCGGAGUACGGAGAUUCCUUUGAGAGUCUUCUGCUGAAGCACAACUUCAACUACAGCCUCAAGAUUGACAAUGUGCAACGUCACAUUGAUGCCCAGCGACCGCGACAGCGCAUUGGCCACCACGAGUGGACACAGUUCCACACGCUGGACGAGAUUUACGCGUGGCUGGAUCUGAUCGAGUCACGUUAUCCGGACAUAGUCACACCCUUCACCAUUGGUAACUCGUACGAGGGCAGGCCCAUUCGUGGUGUGAAGAUCUCGUACCAGCAGGGCAAUCCAGCGGUUUUCAUUGAAUCGAAUAUUCAUGCCCGCGAAUGGAUCACCUCCGCGACGAUCACCUACUUCAUCGAUGAGCUGCUGGUGCCGCGUAAUCCUGGCGUCAGGGAUAUAGCCUACAAUGUGGAUUGGUACAUUAUACCCGUCCUGAAUGUGGAUGGAUUUGUGUACUCCCAUGAAGUGGAACGUUUGUGGCGCAAGUCUCGCAUGCCCUCCGAUCCCACGGGCGAGUGCAUUGGCACCGAUCUGAAUCGCAACUUUGACUUCCUCUGGAUGUUGACUGGCGCCAGUGAUGAUCCCUGCACACAGACCUAUGCCGGCCCCUCGGCCGAAUCCGAUCCAGAGAUCAGCCAACUGACGGCGUACAUCAAUAACUCCAUACCCGAGGGCAGCAUCAAGAUUUACAUUUCCCUGCACUCUUACGGGCAGUAUGUGCUGUCCCCUUGGGGUCACACCGAUACGGAGUUCCCCGAGCACUAUCCCCAGAUGAUGCAUGUGGCCAAGGGUUUCGCGGAUGCGCUCUACAGGCGUUAUGGCACGGAGUUUAUUUACGGCUCGAGUGCCACAACUUUGUAUCAAGUCUCUGGAUCGGGCAAGGAGUGGGCCUAUGCGGUGAAGAACAUCACCAUACCCUACACCAUCGAGCUGCGGGACAAGGGAGAACUCGGCUUUGUCCUGCCGCCCGAGGACAUAAUUCCAGUGGCACGAGAGGUGACAGAGGGUUUUGUGGGCAUGAUUGCAGCCGCCCGGGAAGUGGAUAUAUUGUAGAAAAUAAAAACGAAACCCCCC